AUGGACCUGCACCGCCGGGGCGCCGGAGCAGCCGUGCUGAGGGGGCCACCCAGGGCUGAGGGGGCUGAGGAGACGCCCCCGGCCGAGGAGACCCCGGCUGAGGAGACGCCCCCGGCUGAGGAGGCCCCGGCUGAGGAGACGCCCCCGGCUGAGGAGACCCCGGCUGAGGAGACGCCCCCGGCUGAGGAGACCCCGGCUGAGGAGACCCCCCCAGCUGAGGAGACGCCCCCGGCUGAGGAGACCCCGGCUGAGGAGACGCCCCCGGCUGAGGAGACCCCGGCUGAGGAGACCCCCCCAGCUGAGGAGACGCCCCCGGCUGAGGAGACCCCGGCUGAGGAGACGCCCCCGGCUGAGGAGACCCCGGCUGAGGAGACGCCCCCGGCUGAGGAGACCCCGGCUGAGGAGACCCCGGCCGAG